AGGAUGGCCGCGGAGCUGAGCCCCGAAGAAGAGCUGGCUACCAAGCAAUUUCUUGAAGAGAUUAACAAGUGGACGAUCCAAUACAAUGUCUCACCGCUCUCUUGGAAUGUGGCAGUCAAGUUCCUCAUGGCCAGAAAAUUUGACGUUCUUCGAGCAAUCGAACUCUUCCAUUCCUACAGGGAAACCAGGCUGAAAGAAGGGAUUGUGAAGCUGAAACCGCACGAGGAACCCCUCCGGUCUGAGCUGCUUAGCGGAAAAUUCACUAUUCUGAGCGUACGAGAUCCUUCCGGUGCCUCCAUCGCCCUCUUUACAGCCAAGUUACACCACCCCAACAAAAGCGUUCAACAUGUGGUACUCCAAGCUCUCUUCUAUUUGCUGGACAGGGCGGUGGAGAGCUUCGAAACACAGCGGAACGGCUUGGUCUUCAUCUACGACAUGGCGGGCUCCCACUAUACCAAUUUUGAGCUGGAUCUCAGCAAGAAAAUUCUCAAUUUACUGAAGGGAGCCUUCCCGGCUCGACUUAAAAAGGUCUUCAUCGUCGGCGCCCCAAUGUGGUUCCGUGUCCCUUACGCCAUUAUCAGCUUGCUGUUGAAGGAAAAGCUCCGAGAACGGGUUCAGAUGGUGAAGAUGUCGGAGCUGAAGCAGCAUCUCCCGCCGGAGUGUCUCCCCGAGUACCUGGGCGGGUCCUUGAAGUUGGACCCCCUCAGCUGGAACUGCCGGUUCCUCCCGCAGCAGAACGGUCACCCGGACCCUCUGGACGAGCUGAUCUUGGUGCCGCUGGCUUCCCCUCGCGAUAACGGCUCCGUGCACGUGCCGGGCCCGAAGGCCUUGACGGUCCAGGAGCUGCUGGAACUUGUGAGCCAGAAGCAGAAACGGGGCAUCUACGAGGAAUACGAGGGCAUCCGGCGCCGGAGCCCGUCUGGCACAUUCGUCUGUUCCUUGGCUCCUUGUAACCAAGAGAAGAACAGAUACGGAGACGUACCCUGCCUUGAUCAAACCAGGGUGAAGCUGACCAAACAAUUCAGCUACCCAGAACUGACGGAUUACAUCAACGCCAGCUUCAUGGACGGCUACAAGCAGAGGAACGCUUACAUCGGCACUCAAGGACCAUUAGAAAACACCUACGGUGACUUCUGGCGCAUGGUGUGGGAACAGAAUGUUUUGGUCAUCGUCAUGACGACCAGGCUUGAAGAAGGAGGCCGGAGGAAAUGCGGCCAGUACUGGCCGUUGGAGAAGGACUUCCAGGCCUGCUACGGGAUCCUGACCGUCACCAACCUUGGGAUGGAGAACCUCAACCAUUACAAGAAAACUGUGCUGGAGAUCUACAACUGUGAGAGCCGUGAGCGCCGCCUCGUGACCCAUUUCCAGUACGUGAGCUGGCCGGACUACGGCGUCCCUUCCUCCGCUGCCACUCUGAUCGAUUUUCUGGGGGCUGUCAAGCAGCAACAAAGGGUGGCGGUCAGCGCCUUGGGGCCACGGUACAAAGGCCAUCCGGGGGGACCGCCGAUCGUGGUGCACUGCAGCGCUGGCAUCGGCAGGACAGGCACUUUCUGUGCUCUCGAUAUCUGCCUAUCGCAGCUGCAGGACGUGGGCACGUUGAACGUCUACCAGACGGUGGUGCGGAUGAGAACCCAGCGGGCCUUCAGCAUCCAGACGCCCGAGCAGUACUAUUUUUGCUACAUGGCCAUCCUGGAGCAUGCCCAGAGAGAGAAUCUGCUGCCCUCCCCUCCGGCCAGGGUAGGCAAAGAGAAGAGCUAA